AUGGCUUUGGUCACGGUCCAGCGCUCGCCCACCCCCAGCACCACCUCCAGCCCCUGCGCCUCGAGCUCUCAUUUGGAAGAAAGUGAAUCAGCGAUACUUUGCUGUGAAUGUGAAGAAUCAGAAAUCUUUACUGAUUUCAAUGAAGCAGACAGUGGGGAGGAGGAAUGCCGGUCCCAGCCCAGGAGCAUCAGCGAAAGUUUCCUCACUGUGAAAGGUGCAGCCCUCUUCCUACCACGGGGGAAUGGGUCUUCCACACCGAGAAUCAGUCACAGACGCAACAAGCACGCAGGUGAUCUUCAGCAGCACCUGCAGGCCAUGUUCAUAUUACUCCGCCCUGAAGACAACAUUAGGCUGGCUGUGAGAUUGGAAAGCACAUACCAGAACCGCACGAGAUACAUGGUGGUGGUUUCAACCAAUGGCAGACAAGAUACUGAAGAGAGCAUUGUCCUCGGGAUGGAUUUCUCCUCUAAUGACAGUAGCACUUGUACCAUGGGUCUGGUCCUGCCUCUCUGGAGUGACACCCUUAUUCAUUUGGAUGGUGAUGGUGGGUUCAGCGUUUCAACGGAUAACAGAGUUCACAUAUUCAAACCUGUGUCCGUGCAGGCAAUGUGGUCUGCGUUACAAAGUUUACAUAAAGCAUGCGAAGUGGCCAGAAGUCAUAACUAUUACCCAGGCAGCCUGUUCCUAACCUGGGUGAGUUAUUAUGAGAGCCAUAUCAACUCCGACCAGUCAUCAGUCAACGAGUGGAAUGCCAUGCGAGAUGUGCAGUCCCACCGGCCAGAUUCACCAGCUCUCUUUACAGACAUCCCAACUGAACGAGAACGCACAGAAAGGUUAAUCAAGACCAAACUAAGGGAAAUUAUGAUGCAGAAGGAUUUGGAAAACAUCACGUCCAAAGAGAUACGCACAGAGUUAGAAAUGCAAAUGGCCUGCAACCUGCGGGAGUUCAAAGAGUUCAUAGAUAAUGAGAUGAUCGUGAUCCUCGGACAGAUGGACAGCCCCACCCAGAUCUUUGAGCAUGUGUUUCUGGGCUCAGAAUGGAAUGCCUCCAAUUUGGAAGACCUACAGAACCGAGGGGUAAGGUACAUCUUGAAUGUUACUCGGGAAAUAGAUAACUUUUUCCCAGGAGUCUUUGAGUAUCAUAACAUCCGGGUGUAUGAUGAGGAAGCCACAGACCUGCUGGCCUACUGGAAUGACACUUACAAAUUCAUCUCCAAAGCCAAGAAACAUGGCUCUAAAUGCCUCGUGCACUGCAAGAUGGGGGUGAGCCGGUCUGCCUCCACCGUGAUUGCUUAUGCUAUGAAGGAGUACGGCUGGAACUUGGACCGUGCCUAUGACUACGUGAAAGAAAGGCGUACUGUCACCAAGCCCAACCCCAGUUUCAUGAGGCAACUGGAGGAGUACCAAGGAAUCCUCCUGGCCAGCAAACAACGUCACAAUAAGCUCUGGCGAUCUCACUCAGAUAGUGACCUCUCGGACCAUCACGAGCCAAUCUGCCAAUCAGGGAUGGAGCUUAACAGGAAGGAGAUUACCACUUCAGCAGACCAGAUCACAGAGGCAAAGACUGCAGAGAGCCACCCCCCAAUGCCCCCUGUCUUUGUGGAGCACAGGCUCCCCCAAGAUGUGAACACACACGAACUGUGCACUAAAGAGAGAAUGAUCUGCUUGGAGUUUACAUCAAGAGAAUUUCAUACGGGACAAAUUGAGGAUGAAUUGAAUCUCAAUAACAUUAAUGGGUGUUCAGCAGGGUGUUGCCUGAGUGAGUCCAAAUUUCCUCUUGACAAUUGCCAUGCGUCUGAAGCCUUAAUCCAGCCUGAAAACUCCUUGGAGAUACCCACACAGUUCCCAGACUUAACAGUGGAAGAUCUGGAGACAGAUGCACUGAAGACAGACAUCAAUGUGCACUUACUCCCCAUGGAGGAACUGACAUCUCGAUUGAGAGACCUGCCAGUGUCUCCAGAACCCGACUCACCUGGUCCCCAGCCCGGCUCCCAGGCUGAGGCAUCAGACUUUAGUACCGACCGAAUUGAUUUUUUCAGUGCCCUAGAGAAAUUUGUGGAGCUCUCCCAGGAGACUCGACCCCGCUCCUGCUCCCACUCCCGGACCGAGGAAGCAGGUGGGGGGAGGAACGGUGGAGUCCGACUGUCAGUGUUAGAAACAGCCCCUUCUGAGGUGGCCCCUGAGGGGCAGAGAAGCAGCUCCUCAAGCAAUACUCCACAUGUGUCAGGAGAGUCUUCCAUGGAUGAAGACCAGCCAAAGGAUAUCUCUGAAGUAGUUAGCCCAGAAGACGUGAUGCAAUCCCACUCAGAAAACGCAAUUUCAGUGAAAGAAAUUAUCACCGAAAUUGAAUCUUUCAAUCAAGGAAUCGGGCAGUGUCAACAGAAGGUGGAUGUCCUGUCCAACCCAUGCCAAACACCAAAGAGAAACACCAUCCAUGAAUUGCCAUUCUUUGAGGCAGCCUGGGCCUCUGAGACUAAAGCCGUCCACCUGGACCAGAAGGAGGGAGUGUGCACAGUGCAGCCCGAACUGGUGAAGGGAGACCAGGAGGCCGUGCUGAUUGCAUCAGCCCCUGUGGAAGACUUAGAAGAAGGGGAUCUGACUGAGGAAGACCUAGAGUCACGAGGCCCAGGUCUGACCCCAGCACCCAAAUGGUGCCCUGGGUCUGUGAGGCGGGCAACCUUGGAGUUUGAAGAACGAUUGAGACAGGAGCAGGAACACCAUAGUGCUGCCCCUCUCUGCAUGCUGCCCACUCGCAAGAACUCCAAGAACGAUCCUGCUGUGCCCGAUGGAACACCAAGAAGCAAGAAUGAAGAGCCUGCUCCAGAACCUGCCUCAGGGCCCAAGGAGCAGGAGUCGAGCAAGGCCAAGACAAAAGACAACAUGGUGGAGGCCUUCCAUCUCCAGCCUGACCAGGUGACCGACACACAGGCAUCUGUGCUGCUAGGAUUCCACUCCAGCCCAGCUGUUCAAGAGUGUCCACUGGCAGAUGUUGGAACAGAGCAGGGCGAGGUGUCCAAGGAGCCCCUCACACCCAAGAAAAAGCCUGUCGUGGACCAUCUUUCCAAAAGGUUUGAAAUCAUUGAAUACACUCCCAUGGUGACAUCCCCUGACUUAACAUUUGACUUGGCUACAGCAGAAAAGAAUGGGGAACCAGUGAUAAAGACAGUCAUGGUGGAGAAAUCCAUCACAGUGAUGUGUACUGUGGAUGAAAAUCUCAACACCACCCUGUGCCCAGAGCUAGCUUCUCUGCGUCCUCAAGUGCUACCUCUGCUUAAUCCUGCAUCUCAUAAGCAUGACGGGGCUCCCCGAGCUGCCUUUACUCUGGGCAGUCCUGAAGAAGAGGACUCUAGCCCUUCUUCUCCUCCAGGGAUGGCUCCUUUUGUGAGUCCUGCAGGACACUUACCAUCAGCUGGCUUGGAUUACACGCAUCCUCAAGCCAUUCUUCACCUAGAAGGGGUGACUGAGGAAAGCAGCACCACGGACAGUGAGCCUUCAUCAGAGCAGAGCUCUUGUGCUGAGCGUCCCUCCAGCAGCACCACGGUGCUCCCCAGGGAAGCUGAGGGUGCUCUGGGCCAGUGGGGCAGUGAAGACCUCAGCGUGGUCAGCCACCUUGCGGAGAACACGGGGGAGGUCCGCGAGAUGCUGGACCCAUCUGUACCCUGUGGUCUCCCCCAUAGCUCCAGUAGUGACAGUAUAAAGAACCUCGGUCACAGUGCCAGGCUGGUGAAAAAGCGUUCAAAAGAAGUGGAGUCCCGGGUCCUUCGACAGGCAGGGCUCACCAGACCGUCCCAGAUGAAGCGCUCAGCUUCUCUAGCAAGGUUAGGUCACCUGGAUCUUCAUAAAAGUGCUUUGUCUACAGUAGAGUUGGCGUCUCCAGGAGCCCCUCAUCCCAAUCUCAGCCAGCCCUUCAUCAGGACAGGCCCAGGCGGGCCCCCUCUGGAAGAACCCUCAGCAAGGCUCAGAACCAUUUCCCAGAACCCAGAGCCCACCACGUAUUUUGUAGAACAAGUGAAAAUGGCAGAGUGUAUGGCUCAGAGCAAGCCCGUUGAGAGGCCUCUGGUGCAGUAUGCCAAAGAGUUGGGGUCAGCUCAGCAGUGUUUGCUUCCCAGUGCAGGACAGGAAUUGACUAGUUCUGAUGGGGGCCUUCCCUGGCCCCAGAGACAGCAGGGAUUAGAUUCUCCAUGCCCAAGCCUGGGGCUGACUAUAGCCGAGCUCCCACAGCAUUCAAGAACUCAGCCUCUUAGGAGACUCAAAAAGUCCAGUGACAAAAAGCGGACUCCCAACCCUUUCUAUAAUACUAUGUGAUCCGGAGCCCUCCAGGACUUCUCAAGGGAAAUAUGUGUUUGUCAAAGGGGCAGGUGUAAUAUGUAAGGAACAUGCACUUUAUUGGUUAAUUUUCUAUGUUUUGGUCAUUUUACUAUUGCUGGCGCAUGCAGGGUUUAGGUUUUCUGUGUGUGACAUGGACUGCAAGACCAUUUUAUCUUUGGGGUUUUUUUUGAUUUUUGUUUUUUAAAGAAACUCAGACAACCUCAAAAGAAGAAAAAAACACCUCAUUUUCAAAGAACACCAUCAAAAGCAAAUUGCUGUUUUUCAGUCAGCUCCCCUUGUUUUUCACCUCCCAAUCCAAAGUGUGUAUGCCCAUAAGGCAGGGAAGGGAGAGGCAGGCGACUGAGGAAGAGAGAGGCAGGCAGGAGGCAGAGGAAAGUAGAGGAAGGUGGAAAUCAGCAAAGGCCAAGCCAGGGCUUCUGACCACGUUCUGACCCCCACGCCUGGCCCACUGGGUUGUGUGGAGAGACUCCAGGCCCUGGGCUGCUAAAUGCUGUUCAGUGGACGGGCGGCUUCUGCUUUGAUUUCAGAAGGGGAAGUCACAUAGAAUCAGUUUCUUCCCUAGCUCUAGCUCUAAGGUGUGUUGCUAAAGGCAGGAUUUAUUGAGUGAUGCACCAAAACGAAAUCAGAAAAAGGCCUUCCUUAGUGAAGAGGGCCUCCCAAGGUGAGGAGGUAGGGAGGCGGCCCUAGCCAUCCCACCUAGUGAACCUGCCCCCCACCACCUUCUUAAUCUUUAGAAAAGGUUUUCAAUAGAAAAGAUAAUGAAUGACCUGUUGAAAAACAGCAAUGGAAGAUGAAGUGUUCUUUCAAAAUGAACUGUCUGUAGGGUUUUAACCCUUUCAUUACUUGAAUACUGCUGUGGGCCUUCUGAGUUUAAUGGCCAUAUGUUUCCCCACAAUUUAUUUUUCUUCCCCAUGCCAUGUUUCCUCCAAUGCUGCCUGUGUUUUGUGGGUAUUUUUUAUUAUUUCAUAGGAGACAUUUGAAUUGUUACAUUACACGUGUAUAGCCUCCAUCAAAUGCAAAGCUUUCUUUUCUAUAUUGUCACUGUUAACACUUGACGAAAGGUAUUUUUCCUUUCCUGGAAGUUUUGUCGUUUUCCUAAAUUGUAUAUACAAUAUUUAUGUAGAUAAUUUUGUUAUUUUCUUACAGGUUUGUUUUUUUUUUUGGUGUGUGUGUGUGUGUGUGUGUUUGUGUUUUUGGUUUUGUUUUGUUUUGCUUAUAAUGGAGCAAGACUGUGGUCUGUAACUGGAAAAUGUCCACAAAGAUGUCAUCUCAGAAGCAGCUCUGUGGGUGCUUGGGGUUGGGGGUGUGCUUCAUGACCUGGUGACGGUGGUUUAUAUUGUUUAAGUAAGAUCUUAAAUCACCACCAAAACUCUGCCAAACGGUAUAUAGCAUUUACUUUCUCUUCAGAAAAGCCCCCAAAGGCCUUAAGCACAGAGCUGAUUUCUCCUGGGCCUGAGAUUUCGGAAGGCUAAGUUUACCAGUAGUUGAACUAUCAUAGCCAGGGAGAAUUUUGAGACUAUUACCACCCAGUGUUUAAAAUCCUAAUGGAGGCUGGGAGCCGAAGGCAGUGGGAGAGAGCCUCAACCAGUGUGAGCUCACUUGCUAAUAACUCCAUUUAGGCCACAGCCUGGCCAACCAUCAGGACAACUGCCUGUGGGCAUCAUUAAUAAAUACCCUUGCCUCCCUUCAGCCUCAUGUGAAUCCCUAUCUUAGCUCCUUGUAAACAUAUUUUGCCCGGCAGGACAAAUCCAAACUGAAGGGACUCACAAAUUGUCUUCCUGCCUUUUGUCUUGGUUGAAAUCCCCAGCCCUUGAGGGUGAAGCCUUCCAGUGGAAUUAAAACUGCUUCUGGUGACCCUAAGGUAGGAGAGGAGACUAGGGAGGUUACUUGACCCUGUAGCAGAGCUGUUAAUCCAGUUGUCCCUCGGAAGCUACAUUGGUGGCUUCAGAUCACUGCCACGGGCCAUGCCUGAAAAGAAACCGCCUCCUACGGAUGUCUUUGUGGUCUGUGGGUUUGGUUGUAACUGCACUCCUCCACUUUUUUUAAAUGUUCCAACAGGUGACAUCCAUACAGGACUUUGUGAUUCAUCUCAUGUGAUUCCUGGAUAUUUACUGGGUUGAAGAAUGUUCUUUAAUGGGGCCUGCCUGUGUGCGGAGGCCAGGGAGGAGAGGACUUGUGUUGGCAGCACUCAUACAAUGCCUGAUGUACAAUGAUUCCAUUCAAACUAUGCAGUCUUAUCGUUAAGGACCUACCCACCACCAGUGUGAUUCCGAGAAAAGAGCCAGGCAGGUAAUAAGUGACGAGAAGCAGAGUGUGACUGGAGGAGAGGAAUCCACUUUUCAUUAACCCCUUGGAAUAGUGAUAUCCCAGAUCCCAAGAAGCAGAAGCAACAGUAUUGCAGCUCUUUUUAGCUCUCCCCCUUUUAUAAGCAAGGCAUUUCUUGCUGUAGAAAUUCAGGAGGAGGAAGACUCGAGGAAGGAGACAAGUAAUGCUGUGAAGCCAUGUUUAGGGUGAUGGAGUAGAGGACAGGGCCUCCAGUUUACCUUCCAAUUUGCUGGCUGAUUCAUUGUUUGUAGUUUGGUUUCCUAAGUAUCCCCUUGUGUGGGGUUUCACACUCAAACAUGUCGUGUGGUUUUUCCAGAGACCAUCUGUCACAUUAGAGAGGUCUCAUUUCAUGACAUACUUGAGCAGGAGCCCUCCCCAGGGCUGUUCUGGACCAACCCCACAGAGGUCCAGGAACAGUUCUGUGUUGAGUAGGACCUGUCACACCUUUAUCUCUACCAAACUACAAUGACCGUCUUUUGGCCUGGACCUGCUCUCUUUCUUACUCAUGGAAAAUCCAGCACUGAAAUUUCUGGGUCUGGGCAGAUUGGCAGAGCUGGCUAGGAAAGUCUUUGUGGCCUCUCUGGCCCCACUCUUCCACAAUGGCUUUCUCCUUUUGUAUGUGAAUAUCUAAAAUUAAUCAAAUUCGCCUUCAAAAAUGAUAACUGGAAUCAUCUCUCCUACACCGGAUGGCAGAUAUCUGGCAUCCAGGGGUCUCUCAGGAGCAGACAGAGACUUUGAGCUGUGCCUGAAGUCUUUUGAGUUUUAGAAAGACUUAGAAAUGGUCUCGGCAGAAGAGAACUAUCAAGAUUCUGUAGUUGUUUUCUUAAACUAAAAUACUACAAUGUAGUAAUGUCCAGUUCCCCGAGUCCUCUGUCCUGUGGCCCUUAGGAUUGGGACAAGAAACAUCACUGGCGUCCCAGGCUCUGCAGCCAUGCCACAUUCUGUCUUUCUUCUCAACUGAUGUCUCCUGGGCUUGUUGACAUCCUGUGUGGAUGCAGUUAGAGCAAGCUAAAGUUUCUUGGGGAUUUCUCUGAGAAAAGACAUUUAUUUCCUGGAAUGUAGCAGAAUUUGAGAAACCCUCAGCUGUUCUAUUUGGAGUUUCAGGUCCAAAGUAACACAGAACCAGUGUUACACGAGAGAAGCCACAAGGAGUAACCCACUAAGCAAAGAGAGGUCGUAUUCUGAAGGUCGUUUUCUUUUGUACAAAGCUAUUUUUCAGCUGUUUUAGGAACCUGCUGGAGGACCCUUUAUUGUUUACAUUGUGAAUAUUAAAACGUGUAUUCUGUCUCACUGUGCUGUUCCCCUCGACCCCGAGUCAUCCAGCAGUGGCUGUACUGGAAGUCAUGGCGCACCCUGAGUCCUUGCACAAAAGCCACAUGCUGCCAUGAUGCUCAGGCCUCAUGGAGAAGUGUGUGAACCCUGGAAUGGAUUGUUUUCCCCACUGUGUCCUGCUGCACUCCAGUCCCAAUGUGCUGUAUAGAAAAUAGUCCAUCAGUCCCUCAGUGGUAGUGUCUGUUUUUAGUGAUGGUUGUGAUGGUGGAUGGCUGGUGUCUUUUUUUUUUAAUUUGGUCAUUCUUUGGUGUGGUGGACAAGGUGAAAUUCCUAGCUAUUUGUUUCAGCACCAAUCCAGCUUAAAGGCAGUUUGGGCUUUAUUGUUCCUUCCAAAUUGCAACUAUGAUCAGCCCUGCUCUCAGGCUGAGUGGGGCUAACUGGCUCUCACUUAGCAAACACAGUCCCCGUUUGAGGGCGUUUUGGACAGCCCUGCCAAUGAAGCAGGAAGCUGCACACUUACCCCCACCUCAUUACCUCCCAUGUUUUGGGGGGGAGCAAUUUAAAGGUGCUUUUGUAUUUUCCCAGCCUGAAAGAGGAGGAUUGAGUCCGCCUCUGACUUUGGAAAGAGAGCCAACCUUACUUUCUCAGAGAUCAAGGACAGGAUGCCCAAACUGGGUCUGUCUUUCAGCUGAAAGAACCCCCAAAAGGCAUCUCUGCUGCCUCAGCCAAUUUGAUGGUGAUAGAAGACAGCAACUUGGGGCACAGACAUGAUGAAGACCCGAUGCCUGCCUUUUUCUCCACGUUUCCAGGGCACCAAACAGAACCUGGGCUAUGGGACCCAGAAAUGGUCCCCAACCAAUAUGCACCCAGAGUGAUUCUGGUUUCUGUCUUUCUCAUUGGCUUUUGGUUUCCUUGGCAAAGCCUGUGAUGGCCGUGCCUUUUCUCCUUUCUUCAAAUGUGACAGAAUUGUAGGAAUUGUUCUGAAUGUGGAAAUUCAGCCCCCGAAGACCCUCUUCUUCCAUCAUCCCCUAACACCCACCCAUCCACACUUGUGUGUGUGUGCUCGAGUGUUCUUUUUCAAUAAAGCAGGUGCUCCCUGCAAUCUCUGGGACCUUUCUGAGUCGGUUGAAGCAGAGCAUAAAAGCCACUGGUCUUGUUUCCCUCCUUAAUCUCCCCUGGUGGUUGGGAUGUCCCACCUGUACCAUAGAUUUUUAUUACCAAUGUGCUCCGCUGUUUUUAAAUGUGAACUUGUGCACUGAUGUGCAAAUUCAAUGUUCUUGUUACAGAUUGAAUAAAUUUUUAUUUUGAAGA